CCCUGACGCGAUGGGAGAGUUGCAGUUGUUCGCGAGCCAGCAGACCCGUGACGAUUGACGAGCAGAGUACCCAGCUCCUGCUGGACGAGCUGCCUGACUCGGACGAAGAGGGGGCCGCCGUCGAACACGAGGUAGCGUCCGAGGCACGCCUGGCCGACGCCGAAGACGGCGGAUCGCGCCACGCGGGUAAGUCUCCGCCUUCCGAUCUACUACGUGGAUGGUUGGAUCGCGUCGACGAGGACUUGACUGGUGGCCAUGGUGCAGCACCUCCGCCGGAGGGGGGGGUGCUAGCAUCGACCCGCCAAGAUGGCUGCGGAAGACGGCCGGGACCGGGCCGUCACGCAAGCCGGCCGCCAGCCGUCGGCCGCACGGGAAGGUGCCGGUCGAACCACGUCUGGGUGUGAAGCGUCCAGCACAUCACAUCCUGCCCCUGAGAAGGGCGCCUUGAAGAAGAAACACCUGCUCGCCUCGUCGACGGGGCCAAGGUGGGCGAUUUCGACGGCUAUCGGAUCCGCUCUCGACCUGGCAUUGGCGGCGACAGCUGCCAUUUCCAAGGAGCAAACCGUCUGGCGAAGGACCCGAAGCAGCGCCAUAGUGUGCGAGCCGGGCCGGGCCAAGGAGGAGGACCUCGUGGCCUGGCAGACCGGCCUGGAACCCGAAGCCGCCGAGCACGCUACAUGGCGGUACCAGGCGAUGGCGGAGAAGGAGGCGGCGGAGGCCGCGAGGAGGGCCGAGGAGGCCUCGACCCAGGCGUGGGAGAGAGUCGUCCGGGCGCAGGGGCGGAUCGCCAUGGAGCCGGCCUGGCCGGCGUGGGAAAGAAACUUGACACCGGACGUCAUGGUCCUCGAGCCCCGAACAGACGAGGAGCGUGAGGCGGCUGGGCGGACAGAGAUGGCCGAUGGCGUGUCCGAGUUCGACGAGCACCUCGUCAUGGACACGCCGCCCUGGGCCAACCCGGGCAGAGGGGCCGACGCUGGCGAGGCGGGCCGGGAGCCGCAACAACCAGCAAGAUGCGGCCGACAGCAGCCCCGGAUGCGACAACCGGGGGCUCCAAGGCCAUGGUGGUCACCCAACCAUGGUCGCUCGAGAACCCGACGCAAACGUCGGGAGCAAGCGGGUCCACUGCCGGCUCCGCGACCCUGACGCCGGCGUAGCAGUGCUAGGCGAGCACGGGCACGGGCGAGGUCAUGUUCAGGCCGCGCACUCAAGAGGAUGCAGUGGCAGAUGCUUUGCGCCAGCAUCUCCGCGGACGGGACGAUUGUCUACAGGCUUUCGUCCGGGAGGAGCAGGAGCAGGCGGUCGCGGUAAUUCACUUUGCCUCUGUAGAUUUGUUUGUUUGAUUCGGUUGUUCUCUAGUGGGGGCACAACAGCGCACCCACUGGGUGUAGCCCCCGAGGCCCGGGCCAACUACACAGCAGCCGGGUCGGGUCUUUACCUGCAUCUUUUCUCUUUCUUGAACCUUCAUCUUCGUGCAACGCAUGUACGACCAGCAGGAGGACGGGUACAACCGGCGCCUGGAGCGGUACAGCAGGGUCCAGGCCCAGCUCGCCACCAAGUAGGGGGAGAUAUGCCAGGCCAAAGUACGGCUCGCAUGUUUACAGUGGGGGUGCGGCAGCGCACCCACUGGGUGUAGCAGCCGAUAUUCAGUCCGGUUGCAGAGCAGCCGGGUCAAAUCUUAAGGCAUUAUUCUUUUCAACUUUCUUGCGUCCGAUCGAAAACUUUGGCAUGUAGCCGCCGCGGCCGAGGUGUCGGGACUCCGAACCCGACUGGCAGAAGCCGGCCUACAGUGCAACCGGGCCGCCGCCGACCACGAUCAGCUCCAAGCUGAGGUGAACUGGCUGGCGGCGGAGGGAACAGAGACGGCGGCCGCCCACUGGGUGGAGCUGAGCCGGCUGGCGGAGGAGCACAGAAGGCGAUCACCGAGAAGGACGUGAAGCUAGCGAUGGCCGCUGCGAAGAGCGCCGAGCUUGAGUAGGACCUCGAGAGCCGUGAUCGUGUGCGGGCCCUGCGGGAGAAUGGGAUGCUGGCCGAGAUGCAGCAUCUCUAUAAAGCCUUCGUUCGGGUCUUUCCGGAGAUGCAGGAGUCUGCCGAGGCGGCCAUGCGCGCCCACCGGGCUCACCAGGAGGUGGCCGGGGUGGAGGUCGAGGAGUACGUCGCCUAGACUUUUUUGGAGCUUACCCUCGCUACUGGGACUCAUCUAGAGGCUGUGGAGGGAUAGAUGAACCGGCUGUUCGAGGCCGGUCUGGGCAUGGUGGACGCCCUCUGGCCGAACGCGGUGGUUCCCAAUAGCGCCACCCGGCUGGCGCGGUGGCUGAAGGCCGGUGUAGCGCUACGGGGCGCCUGGAGAGCUUCUGCAUCUCAGGCCGGCACGGAGAUGGCGCUCCGGUUUGUGAUGUCGUGGUAUCCAGACGUGGACUUGGGCUGUCCAGCCGCCCAGCGCGCCGGGGCGGCAGAGGAGAUCGCUUCGCAGGCAGCGGCGAUUGCAGCGCGGGCUAGUUAUCUUGCGUCCUUCGCCCCACACAACGAAUACAUCGUGGAGCGCACGGAACACGGCGCGGAGGUCCCCCCGAUGACUUCGGCCUGCGGCUCGACGACCCAGAGGGCAGCUCAGCCGAGUCACGGGCCUAUGCGGAUGACGACGUCAUGGUGCUGGACAACACCGCCACGACCGAGGAGCUGGCGCGCUCCAGAGCAGACACGGCGGCUGCAUCCACCCCGGAGGAGGUGGUGCAGACUGAAGCCAGCACGGAUGCUGCCUACGAUGCCCCUUAUCUUCGUGUACUCAAACUCAAUUAGGUAGCGGGUCCACCCACUUGGGGUGUAAUUUGCGUAAUAAACUCCUAGCCGUGGGCCUUUGGUUAUGUACAUAAAUGCAUGUGUGCUAGUUCUUGCU